AUGCGCAUCCUCUGCGCGGUGGUCAAAGGCGCGGCGAAGGCGGUCCCCAGCUCCGCCGGGAUGCAGCGCUCGCUGGAGACGAGCCCGAUGAUGGCUUCCCGCAUCGCGGAGGUGGUCCCGCGACGGCUGGAGCUCGUCGAGGCGGCGAUUCGGGCGCGCGACUUCGAGAGCUUCGCCGCGAUCGCGAUGGCGGAGUCGGACGACCUGCAGGAGAUCUGCCGCACGACGACGCCGCCGAUUCAGUACGCGACGGAGGAUAGCUACGCGAUGAUUCGGCUGAUCAAGGCGUUUAACGCGAAACGCGGGCGAAACGUCCUCGGGUACACCUUCGACGCCGGCGCAAACUGCUUCAUGUUCACCCUCGUUCAGGACCUUCCGGAGGUGGUCGCGAUGCUCAUGGCGCACUUUCCAACCGAUCCGGAGAAGUUUUACUUUCAGGAGGAGCAUUUGAUAUCGGCGUGCGCGCAGGCAAAGGUGCCCGACGGCUGUGCGAAUCUUAUCGAUUAUCCUAAAAAGAGCUUCGAGAUGCUUCUCGAAUCGUGCGUGGGCUCGGGAGUCAGGCAACUUGGGGAUGAGGAAUCCCUUAGCAAGCCUUAA